CUGAGUUACGCAGAGGGAAAGUAAAGAAUGGGAAACCUCUGACAGAAACUAUAAAACCCGCAACACAGUUGUCUUUGCUUCAUUAAACAAAGUACGGUGUUUUGAACUCAACCUGGGAAGUAGCUAUCUCCCACGUUUUCCCAUGUCGUCUGAGCCGUUGAUUCCACCGUCGGAAGCAUUGUCAACUUCUAACUCCGUCAGGCGAUGCGGCGAAACGGUGUGGAUUUUCGAUGAGUUGCCGAAGGCCACCGUCGUUUCCGUGUCGAGACCAGACACCGGAGACAUUAGCUCAAUCCUCCUUUCAUAUACCAUUCAGUUGCAGUACAAACAGUUUAAAUGGCUUCUAGUGAAGAAGGCAUCACAACUUCUUUAUUUACAGUUCUGUCUGCGAAAACGUGUAAUAAUUGAAGAUUUUCAUGACAGGCAAGAGCAGUUGAAAGAAUGGCUCCAAAACUUGGGAAUAGCAGAUCAAACGGUAAUAGUGCAUGAAGAUGAAGAACCUGAUGAUGGAGCUGUGCCUUUACUUCAUGAAGACAGUGUUAAAAACAGAUAUGUUCCAUCCGUUGCUGCUCUACCAAUAAUUCGUCCAUCACUAGGAGGGCAACAUUCAAUUGCAGAUAGAGCCAAAGUCGCAAUGCAGGGUUACUUGAAUCACUUUUUAGAAAACUUGGAUAUUGUGAAUUCUCAAGAGGUCUGCAGGUUUUUGGAAGUCUCCAAGCUAUCCUUUAUACAGGAGUAUGGUCCAAAACUGAAAGAGGGAUUUGUAAUGGUGAAGCAUUUGUCAAAUAUUUCACAGGAUUUGGAUGUAUCAUGUUUCCCGUGCAAUUGGUUUCGUUGUUGUAAUAACAGCUGGAAGAAGGUAUGGGCUGUUUUGAAACCUGGGUUUUUGGCCCUCUUGGAUGAUCCCUUCAGCAACAAACCACUGGAUAUAAUUAUUUUUGAUAUCCUCCCUUCCUCUGAAGGAGUUGGAGGGACCAAAGCAUAUUUAGCUGAUCCUAUAAAAGGACGCAAUCCUUUGCGUUAUUCAUUCAAGGUUACUAGUGGAAAUAGGAGCAUAUUGUUGAGAACUACCAGUAGUCCUAAAGUAAAAGCUUGGGUUGCUGCAAUAAACGAAGCUAGUCUGAGACCUCUUGAAGGUUGGUGUUGUCGUCAUCGCUUUGGUUCCUUUGCUCCCAUAAGAGGUUUGACAGAAGAUGGGAGCCAAGCCCAAUGGUUUGUUGAUGGACAUGCAGCAUUUGAAGCUAUUGCUACUUCAAUUCAAGAUGCAAAGUCAGAGAUCUUCAUCACGGGCUGGUGGCUAUGCCCAGAGCUGUAUCUGAGGCGACCUUUUGAUAGUUUUUCUACCUCUCGGUUAGAUUCUUUACUAGAAGAAAAGGCAAAGCAAGGGGUUCAGAUCUAUGUGCUUCUCUACAAGGAGGUUUCUUUAGCUUUGAAAAUCAACAGCUUGUACAGUAUGAAAAGACUGCUCAAAAUUCAUGAGAAUGUGAAGGUACUGCGCUAUCCAGAUCAUUUCGCUGCUCGUGUGUAUUUAUGGUCGCACCAUGAAAAACUUGUAAUUAUUGAUUACAAGAUUUGCUAUAUUGGAGGAUUAGAUUUAUGCUUUGGUCGAUAUGACACACCUGAACAUAAAGUGGGUGACUGCCCUUCUGUAAUAUGGCCUGGAAAGGACUAUUACAACCCAAGGGAAUCUGAGCCAAAUUCAUGGGAAGACACCAUGAAAGAUGAAUUGAAUCGUGAGAAAUAUCCCCGUAUGCCGUGGCACGAUGUCCAUUGUGCUCUUUGGGGACCUCCCUGUCGUGACAUUGCUCGUCAUUUUGUCCAACGUUGGAACCAUGCUAAGAGAACCAAAGCUCCAAAUGAACAUGAAAUUCCUCUACUUAUGCCUCACCAUCACAUGGUCCUUCCUCAUUACAUGGGAAGAAGCAGAGAGAUAGACAUUGAAGAAAAGAAAGAUGAAGAAGAGAGGAAAGAAAUUGUGAAGCAAGAUUCAUUUUCUUCAGAGUCUCCAGUGCAAGAUAUACCACUACUUUUACCGCAAGAAGCUGAUGGAAUUGUUACUUCAAAUGGAGAUCAUACAAAUUUUAGUGAAAUUUCUCCAUCGAUGGAGGACGAAACUCUAGUUUCAGACACACAGACCAAAGGUUUUCAAGAUGAAGUUGUUCCUUUACUCUUGGGAGCACAAUCUUUUGCCGAUGUUCUAGAUGAUUGGUGGGAAGCACCAGAAGGCACCAAUGAUGACACUAUUUUGGAGUAUGGACAAGUUGGUCCACGCACCACCUGUCAUUGCCAGGUAAUCAGAAGUGUCAGCCAGUGGUCUGCUGGAACAAGCCAGCCUGAAGAAAGCAUUCACACUGCAUAUUGUUCCCUUAUUGAAAAAGCAAAACAUUUUAUCUACAUUGAGAACCAAUUUUUCAUAUCAGGUCUAUCAGGGGAUGACACAAUACAGAACCGUAUUUUGGAAGCUUUAUAUAGGCGUAUUUUGCAAGCCCACAAAGAACAGAAAGACUUUAGAGUUAUAGUAGUGAUUCCCCUCUUACCUGGCUUCCAGGGUGGUCUAGAUGAUGGUGGUGCUGCUACAGUGAGAGCCUUAACACAUUGGCAGUAUAGAACGAUUUCUAGAGAAAAGCACUCGAUAUUGUACAAUCUUGAAACUGUACUUGGUCCUAAGACUUAUGAUUAUAUUUCUUUCUACGGUUUACGAUCUCAUGGUAGACUCUAUGAAAAUGGUCCUGUGGCUACAAGUCAGGUGUAUGUGCACAGUAAAUUGAUGAUAAUUGAUGAUCGUGUAUCUUUUAUUGGAUCAUCGAACAUAAAUGACCGCAGUUUGCUUGGUUUAAGAGACUCUGAGAUUGGAGUGCUUAUAGAAGAUAAAGAAUAUGUUGAAUCUUUGAUGAAUGGAAAGCCAUGGAAGGCUGGAAAAUUUUCCUAUAGCCUCCGCUGCUCCCUGUGGUCUGAACACCUUGGUCUUCAUACCGGAGAGAUCAGUAAAAUCAGUGAUCCGGUGGUAGAUACAACCUACAAGGACUUGUGGUCAGCAACUGCAAAGGAAAAUGCAAGUAUAUACCAUGAGGUCUUUGCUUGCAUUCCCAACGAUGAAAUACACUCAAGAGCUGCACUUCGGCAAAGCAUGAGUGAGUUGAAAGAAAAAGUUGGUGAUACGACGAUAGAUAUGGGAAUAGCCCCUGAUAAGUUGGUGUGUCAUGAAAAUGGAGAAAUGAAAAGAAUAGAGGCGAUAGAUAGGUUGAAGUGUGUGAAGGGACACCUUGUUUCCUUUCCUUUGGAGUUCAUGCGUGAGGAAGAUCUUAGACCAGCUCUUAUGGAGAGCGAGUUUUAUGUUGCUCCUCAAGUCUAUCAUUGAGUAUGCUACUUUGGAGACUCAAAGAAGAGAUUUCAUGUAAAUUGCACUCGUAUCUGAUUGAUGUUAUAUCUUUUCGGUCAAUUUUCUUGAAAGAGAAAGGAUCCAUUGUUGUUUUCAAUCACCAGAAGAAUUGCUGGGAAUAUGCCAUGCAACCUUCUUCAUAUAUGUUGUACAGUACUAAUUCUUUCUUCUUUUUUGACGGGAUAAGCCUUCGUUCAUUGUGAAGGAAAUUGUAUAUAUAUUCUUCUUCUAUUGGUCUGGGAUUUUUUUUUUUUCUUAUGUAAGAUGAUUCUUUUCGUAAGGUUAUUAAUAAGUAUUGCAAGUUGAGGUUA